GUGUCUUUUCUGCCGGCCCCCUCCACUGCUUUCCGACCCUCUGCACCCCGGCCGCUUUUCAUAAAGGCCCAUUGUCAAUAUUUCCGGACUUUGUCGGGAAUCCAGUCCGCUCUUCGUCGAGACGCUUUUCGCCCUGCUGCACCGUCAAUAUCACCCUCCCGUCCCCUCUUGUCUUGUCUCCAUCAGCCCCAGCCCACGAGAGUAGCACUCACCAGCUCCAGCUCCGCAUAACCACCUCUUACAAUGUCCGCCAAGUCAAUCCUCGAGGCCGACGGCAAGGCCAUCCUCAACUACCACCUCACCCGCGCUCCUGUCAUCAAGCCCACUCCUCUGCCGGCGUCGGCCACACACAACCCGCCGCCCAGGCUUGCAUCGCUGCACUUCCCGGCCGAUGCGGACGUCAAGGGCGUGCUCGACCAGGCAGAGGCCACUUACCCGUGGCUGCUGGCUCCCGGUUCCAAGUUCGUUGCGAAGCCAGAUCAAUUGAUCAAGAGGCGGGGCAAGAGCGGUCUACUGGCCCUGAACAAGACGUGGCCGGAGGCGAAGGAGUGGAUCCAGGCGAGGGCAGGCAAGCCGCAGAAGGUCGAGGCUGUCACGGGCGUCCUGAGGCAGUUCUUGGUCGAGCCCUUCGUCCCGCACCCGCAGGACACAGAGUACUACAUCAACAUCAACUCGGUGCGAGAGGGCGAUUGGAUCCUCUUCACCCACGAGGGCGGUGUCGAUGUCGGUGAUGUCGAUGAGAAGGCCGAGAAGCUUCUCAUCCCCGUCGACCUCAAGGAGUACCCUUCUAACGAGGUCAUUGCCUCAACGCUCCUGAGCAAGGUGCCCAAGGGUGUGCACAACGUCCUCGUCGACUUCAUCUCAAGGUUAUACGCUGUCUAUGUUGACUGCCAGUUCACCUACCUCGAAAUCAACCCUCUCGUCGUCAUCCCCAACGCUGAUGCCACCUCGGCUGAGGUUCACUUCCUGGAUCUUGCUGCCAAGCUUGACCAGACCGCUGAGUUCGAGUGCGGUGCGAAGUGGGCUAUCGCUCGCAGCGCAACUGCUCUCGGUACCCCAGCUGCCCCGAAGGAUGGCAAGACUACCAUCGAUGUCGGCCCUCCCAUGGAGUUCCCUGCUCCUUUCGGCCGUGAGAUGAGCAAGGAGGAGGCGUACAUCGCCGAGAUGGACGCAAAGACCGGUGCCUCGCUCAAACUCACAAUCCUCAACGCCUCCGGCCGUGUCUGGACCCUCGUCGCCGGUGGUGGUGCCUCGGUCGUCUACGCCGACGCCAUCGCCUCUGCCGGUUUCGCCAGCGAGCUCGCCAACUACGGUGAGUACUCUGGUGCGCCCACCGAGACUCAGACCUUCCACUACGCCCGCACUGUUCUUGAUCUCAUGCUCCGCGCUCCUCAGCACCCCGAAGGCAAGGUUCUCUUCAUUGGCGGUGGCAUUGCCAACUUCACCAACGUCGCCUCCACCUUCAAGGGGGUCAUCCGCGCUCUGAGGGAAGUCGCGCCCCUCCUCCUCGAGCAUAACGUCCACAUCUGGAUCCGUCGUGCCGGCCCCAACUACCAGGAGGGUCUCAAGAACAUCAAGAGUGUCGGCCAGGAGCUCGGUCUCGACAUGCACGUGUACGGCCCGGAGAUGCACGUGUCGGGUAUCGUGCCGCUGGCGCUUAUCCCUGGCAAGACGACCGACGUUAAGGAGUUCUCUGGUUAAGCGUGUGUAUACUAUAGCUGUCGAUGAUUUGUACUCUGUUUCCUGAGGUUCGAGGAAGGGAAGACGGGC